CAAUAAAAACUGCUCCUUGGCCCCGGGUGCACAGAGCAGCACCCACACUUGCCCGUCACUGGCUUUGGGACAGGACCCACGUUGGGGUGCAGGAUCCGGAGUGCUGCAGUCCUUUGCUGACCUCCCACCAAAGAUGCUGAGGGCCUGGCAGCCCCUCUCGCUCCUGGUCCUGCUCAUGCUCGCCACCACUGCCUGGGGACAGGACGGCACUGGCCCCAAGGAGCUGCAGCCCUGGCUCGUCGGCCUCACAGCCGUCGUUGUCUUCCUCUUCGUCGUCUUCAUCCUCCUCCUCGUCAACCGGCUCUGGAAGCUCCGGAUGCGCAGGAAGCAGGGCGGCCUUCAGGACACCCCGCGGACCAGCAGGCUGGAGCGCACCGGCUGCGUCAACCUGGCGGCUGAGAAGGGCAGCGGCGAGGAGAGCGACGGCGAAGGGCAUAAGAAAGCUACGCCGCUGUGAGCCGGGGUCGAGGCGGG